CGUAAGAACUCAGUGCUGAGAUUGGAGAGGAGCAUGGAGGCAAAAAUAAAGAAAAUUCAAAUAUAUCACGCUGUUUUUCAAGAUGUUUCAGGCUGGAAUAAGGAAGCAUAUUUAAACAACGAAGAAGCCUCCAAAUUCAACUGGUCUCUUUCCUCUACGCUUAAAGAAGG